CACAUGCAUUCAAUACUUUUAUCGGCAGUAAAAAAAUCUAUUUGUGACAAUUUGCAAAAACAAUUUGUGUUCUGAACAUAACACAAUUUGUAAUUUAUGAAGGUUUCGGCGGUUGGACCCAAAAGAAUUUUCUAUGUGUAUAUGAAUUAGUAUACGCAAUGACAGAUGUUGGCAACCCUUAUGUGAUAAACUACAUGACAACGUCAAGUAAGGGAAUAGUAUUCGAUUAAAUAUUAAAAUUUAUUUAGUGUUAAGCAAACAAUUUUUUCUAUAGAAAUAUUUAAAAAUAUAUAUCGGAUUAUUGAUUUACAUUUCAUAAAGUUUAUUUGUAAAAGCUGAUCGGUGUAUUAUUUUUAAUUUUUUCACUGUGUUUAUUAAAAAGAACGAACGCAUUAUCGCUUAAAGUUUUUCCUUACACCAAACAAAAUAAAUAAUUAGUCAAAAAUGGAUGCGGAGACAGCGCGUAAAACUUGGGAGUUGGAGAAUAAUAUAAAAACUCUACCAGCCUGCGACGAAAUUUUUCGAUAUGACGCAGAACAACAACGUCAAGUGUUGGAUGCAAAGCCUUGGGAAAAAGAUCCACAUUAUUUCAAAGACAUAAGGAUUUCGGCUUUGUCAUUGCUCAAAAUGGUUAUGCAUGCCCGCUCCGGUGGCCCUCUUGAAGUAAUGGGCUUAUUAUUAGGAAAAGUUGAGGAUAACGUAAUGAUUGUUAUGGAUGCAUUUGCUUUACCGGUACAAGGCACAGAAACGCGUGUAAAUGCACAAUCAGAUGCAUACGAAUACAUGGCGGCAUAUAUAGACUCCGCUAAAGAGGUAGGACGACUUGAGAACGCUAUUGGUUGGUAUCAUAGCCAUCCUGGAUAUGGCUGUUGGCUUUCAGGUAUUGAUGUUUCUACACAAAUGUUAAACCAAAACUUUCAAGAACCAUUUGUGGCCAUUGUCGUGGAUCCUGUUCGUACAGUUUCAUCGGGGAAAGUUUGCUUGGGUGCUUUUCGUACAUAUCCAAAAGGAUAUAAUCCACCUAAUGAAGAACCAUCUGAAUAUCAAACUAUUCCUCUAAACAAAAUUGAAGAUUUUGGGGUUCAUUGUAAACAAUAUUAUCCACUUGAAGUCAGUUAUUUUAAGUCAUCUUUAGAUAAAAAACUUUUAGACUCGCUUUGGAAUAAAUAUUGGGUAAAUACUUUAGGCAGCUCAGGAUUGCUUACUAAUAAAGAUUAUACUACUGGUCAAAUAUUGGAUUUUUCUGAGAAAUUAGAACAAAGUGAAUCUAGUUUAACACGCGGGCCAUUUGUAUGUUCAGGCAGUGAUAUCAACGAUAAACGAACUGAAGACAAGCUUACUAAAGCAACGCGUGAUUGUAGUCGCGCAACAAUUGAACUUCUACAUGGCUUAAUGUCACAAGUAGCCAAAGACGAAUUAUUCAAUAAAGUACGUGAAAGUAAAUAAUGUAUAAAAAUGAAAUGAAAACAGCAUUACUCUUAAAGAAUGUGAAAAGUUAAAUACAUUGAAUAAAAUUUAAA